UUUCAUCAGUCACCGCCGCUGCAACUUCAGGCAGCGGCGGUUUCUUCUCCCGCCUGCUUCCCCUCUCUCAUUCUUCUUCUUCCUCUUCUUCUUCAGAACCCCCGAAAUCGUUUGUUCCCCUUCUUCCCCGUUCGAAAAGAACAGAAGCGGCGGCAAUUCUCAGCUCGCUGCGGCAUCUCUUCUCCUUUGCAGCCGCAACUGAGAAAAUCUCCUCUUCCUAGUUCUCUCAUCUCUCUUUUUUUUUUCUCCCACACUUUCUAUCAUUCUUCUUCUUCUUUCCCUUCCAACUCUGCACUGUUCAUCAUCUUCUCACGAGAACAGAGAAUUAGUAGCGGCAGUCCUCCCGUUUUCCGUUUACCGUCGCCGGAACUAUUACCUUAUCCUUAGUUUCUCAUCACCAUUCUCCUAUCCAUUAUCAUCUUCAAACUCGCCAAUCAUUCGACGCACCCCUGCCCUCAUUUUCCUUUCGAUCGGACCGGAUCAACAAUAGCCUCAUCGGAUUCCUCUCCUCAUCUCAGGCGAAACAUCAUUAACGGUUAUCAUACGGAAAUCGUCCUCUUCUAUUUUUUUUUCAGCGAAAUCAGCAACCUAGACGCACACUCCUAGUUGCGGCGUUAGAUUUCAGACCGGAAUCCCAAUCAAAGUCCUUCUGUUUUGCCGACUGUGUCCAGGCCGAAAUCCCAAAUCCCAGUCAGAAAACAGAGAGGCAGUUCAGCAAGAGGGACUAAUCAUUGAUUUUCUUGUCUAGAAAAAAUGAAUUUCAGCCUGGGAUCAUCAUCAUCUGAGAUCUUUUGUUUCAAAGGUUUACAUAAUAUGAAUGAGAAACUUUCAGUAUCCAGGUCAUCCUUUCGGCUUGGAUGUGUGAAUAGGAAAGACUCUCUUCAAGAAUUCAAUUGUGAUACUGUGAAGGUGGGGAUUUCUCGGGCUUUAGUGCCAGGACACUUACAAGAAUCGUACGUGAAGGAGAAGCAUCUUGACAAAGAAAAUCUGAAAUUUAAAUAUGUGAGGACGUUGCUAAUUGACAACUAUGAUAGUUACACAUAUAAUAUUUACCAGGAGCUGUCUGUCAUAAAUGGGGUGCCUCCGGUUGUGGUGCAUAAUGAUGAGUGGACAUGGGAGUAUAUUUUCCAAAAGCUAUAUGAAGAAAGGGCUUUCGAUAAUAUUGUCAUAUCUCCAGGGCCUGGAUCUCCAACAUGUCCAGCAGAUAUAGGAAUUUGUUUAAAGCUACUGCUUGAAUGCAAGGAUAUUCCGAUUUUGGGUGUCUGCCUCGGCCACCAGGCAUUGGGAUAUGUACAUGGUGCUAGAGUUAUCCACGCACCCGAACCAGUCCAUGGACGUUUGAGUGAAAUUGAACACACUGGAUGCAAUCUAUUCCAUGGGAUCCCUUCUGGAAGAAAUUCAGGGUUCAAGGUUGUGCGGUAUCAUUCCCUUGUGUUAGAUGCAGAUUCACUUCCAGAAGAACUAAUUCCAAUAGCUUGGACUUCUUCUGGGGAGACACUUCCUUUUAUUGAGACCCAGAGGCCUGAUGUUAUCCCUGAUGCUUGUAAAAAUCAGGAUGGUUGGCAUAUUUCUGUUGAUUAUUGUAACAAAAGUAAGAAUAAAAGUUUUUGGUCUUCCAACAACUCUGGAAGAAAUCAAGGGAUGGAAAGAGAAAAAAUUAUUAUGGGCAUUAUGCAUUCUACACUGCCUCAUUAUGGUGUGCAGUUUCAUCCAGAGAGUGUUGCUACAUGUCAAGGAAGGCAAAUAUUUGAGAACUUCAGAAAGAUAACAGAGGAAUAUUGGUUGAGAUCAUCCCAAGUCCAUGAAAGAAAGGUAUUCAAUGAACAGUAUAAAAGCAAACUUUUUGUAAAUAAUGCAGAUUAUAGUAACCAUUUUAGUAUGUGCAAUUCGAGAACGUUUGGGAUUGAAAGCACCAGAACUAGAUUUCUGAAGUUGAAGUGGAAAAAAUUUGACCACUUGGCUAGUCAAAUUGGAGGGGCAAAAAAUAUUUUCUGUAAAUUGUUUGGGGAUCAGAAAGCAAGUGAUACAUUUUGGCUGGACAGUUCCUCAAUAGAACAGAGUAGGGCACGUUUUUCAUUUAUGGGUGGCAAAGGUGGACCUCUGUGGAAGCAAGUCACUUUUAAGCUGUCAAAUCAAAGUGAUACUACUUCUAGUUGUGGAGGUUAUUUAUCAAUUGAAGAUGCCCAGGGUUUUGUGAGAAGUACAUAUACAGAGGAUGGUUUCCUUAGUUUUCUAAAUAAGGAACUACAAUCAUUUUGUUAUGAUAAGGAAGAUUACAAAGGAUUACCAUUUGAUUUUUGCGGGGGAUACAUUGGAUUCAUUGGAUAUGACCUAAAAGUCGAAUGUGGUUCCACAUAUAAUCAUCAUAAGUCAAGGACACCUGAUGCUUGUUUUUUCUUUGCUGAUAAUCUUAUAGUAAUUGAUCAUGAUAAUGAUGAUGUGUACAUUCUAUCCAUACACCACCACUCUGGUAAUGCUUCAGUACCACAUAAAGGGUCAACUGCAAAAUCAUGGUUGGAUGAUACUGAGCAGAAGCUUCUACAGUUAAAAACAUCUACUACUUUCAAGGAGAAGAAGUCACAAGCAACAAAAUUGACCCCAUGUCAUGUGGGUUUUCUUGCUGAGAAAUCAAAGGACCAAUACAUGAAAGAUGUCAAAAAGUGUCUGAAUUUUAUCAAAGAUGGAGAGAGCUAUGAAUUGUGUCUUACAACUCAGAUAAAGAAGAAAAUUGGAGACAUAGAUUCUCUAGGACUCUACCUUAGCCUAAGGGAAAAAAAUCCAGCCCCAUAUGCAGCCUGGCUUAAUUUUUCCAAGGAAAAUCUAUGUAUCUGCUGUUCUUCCCCUGAGAGGUUCCUAAGAUUGGACAGAAAUGGUACAUUAGAAGCAAAACCCAUUAAGGGCACCAUUCGACGUGGUUCAACAAUAGAAGAAGAUUCACAGCUUAAAUUGCAACUUAAGCAUAGCGAAAAGGAUCAAGCAGAAAAUUUAAUGAUUGUUGAUCUUCUGAGGAAUGACCUUGGCCGUGUCUGUGAACCUGGGACAGUGCACGUGCCCCAUCUGAUGGAGGUGGAAUCAUAUGCAACUGUCCAUACAUUGGUUAGUACAAUCCGAGGAAAAAAACAAUCAAACGUGAGCCCAGUCGAUUGUGUCAGAGCAGCAUUCCCUGGAGGUUCAAUGACUGGUGCACCCAAGUUGAGAUCAAUGGAACUUCUCGAUUCUCUUGAAAGCUGUUCUCGAGGCAUCUACUCUGGAUCUAUUGGAUUCUUCUCUUACAACCAAACAUUUGAUCUGAAUAUAGUGAUUAGAACAGUUGUCAUACAUGAAGGUGAAGCUUCGAUAGGAGCUGGUGGGGCUAUCGUUGCUUUGUCAAACCCUGAAAAUGAAUAUGAAGAAAUGGUUUUAAAAACACGGGCACCAGUAAAUACUGUUUUAGAAUAUCAAAGCAAAUCAGGUUGAAAGUAGUCUAGUAUCCUCUGUUUUUAUACCAUUUCACAUUGUAUUAUUAUCAUUCCCUUGGUGGGGUUGUGUAAUCAUCAUAGAAUUAGACAACUUGUCCAAGUUCUUAUUUAAAUUGGCAAACUUGUAAAACAGUUCAAUUUGUUGUUUGAUUCACGUCCUGUGGUCAUGAUUGCCAGGAUAUGUUUACCACGUGAAUGCAUCUGAUUUAUGUUUCAAUUUGCUUAA